UUUGGGCAUGAAUUUGCUUAGUGGAACAUUAGUACACCAGUGACCUAUUUAAGUCGAUAAGUGUCCUCUUUGUGUCAUCUAAGAGGAAAGGUGUAAUGUAUCUGGAUAUAUUUAGUGUUCUCUCAAGAAAAAAGCUUUCUUCUACCCCAGAAACUGAUCAUAACGUUGUCCCAUUAACAUAAGAACAACACUUCUGGAUCAGGCCAGUGGCCCAUCUAGUCCAGAAUCCUGUUCUCACAGUGGCCAGCCAGAUGACCUAAUGGGAAGCCCUCAAGCAGGACCUGAGCGCAAUAUCACUCUCCCUUCCUGUGGUUUCCAGCAGCUGUUGUUCAGAAGCGUACUGCCUGUGGAGGCAAAGCAUAGCUGUCAUGAACGAGUCCAUGGAGAAUAAGAAAGCAGCCGGGGAGUUGAAGGAUGCUCCAUCCCCUCUCCGUGCCUCUUUGAAGCAGCUUGCAGCUCUCCCCCUUCCCGACAAUCACACCUUUCAGCAAAAGCAAAUACAGCUUUCAUCUGGUUCCAAAGUAAGCUGCUGUACUCACGGCUCUGAUUCUUCCCUCCAUGCUCCUCAGCUGCAUUUUGGUGGCGGCACCACUGGUGGCGGUAGUUUGGUUCACCCUGGCACAGUAUUAGAUGCACAAGGCACCGGGACAGUCACCUGUCAGAUAGGGUCAGGGUUUGCAUAUCGGUCUGCAUCCUCACUCAAGAACGUUCCCGCUCGAAGUGGUGUGACCAGCGACUUGUCUGGAAUGGGCCUGGAAAACGACAUCUCUUCCUGCCCACAUUUCCCCUGCUGUGGGAAACUCCACUUCCAGUCCUGUCACAGUAAUGUCCACAAACUGCAUCAGUUUCCUGCCCAUCAGAGCUGCACGACAUCGGGUUACUUCUCCUGUUCUGAAUUCACAAGCGGGGCUGCGGGGCUUUUGGAGGAGCGCGCUGCACAAUCGGAGAGAGGGCCUUGUGUUUGCACCAACUCGCUGCACCUAAAAGUGGCGCCUUCGGUUUGUCUAAAGGGCUCUCACUACUGCACUGAGUGUUUAAGCAAGCAGCCAUCCAGAGAGAGUUUGGUUGAUGCAGCUAAAAUAUGGCCAAAUGUGGCUUCUCCAAAUGCUCAGGCCGCACCUGUCUCCCUCCCAAUAUGUAAUGGCUGCGGAACCAAAGGAGCAAGAAAAGAGAAGACUAUACUCUUGGCAAGCAGCUUUGGUCCGUUGCCACAGAAAUACGCAUCUCCAGAAGUUGCUAUAACAGGCCAAGUGCUAGAAAAUCUGCCUCCCAUUGGAGUUUUUUGGGAUAUUGAAAACUGCUCUGUUCCUUCUGGCCGUUCAGCUGUGGCAGUGGUACAGCGAAUUCGUGAAAAGUUUUUUAAAGGCCACAGAGAGGCGGAGUUCAUUUGUGUGUGUGACAUUAGUAAGGAGAGCAAAGAAGUUAUUGAAGAACUGAACAACUGCCAGGUGACGGUUGCACACAUUAAUGCGACAGCAAAGAACGCAGCUGAUGACAAACUCAGACAGAGUCUUAGAAGGUUUGCCGAUACACACGCUGCACCAGCCACGGUGGUCCUCGUAUCAACUGAUGUUAACUUUGCACUAGAACUUAGUGACCUGAGACAUCGCCACGGUUUCCACGUAAUCCUGGUGCACAAAAACCAAGCUUCUGAAGCGCUUUUGCAUCAUGCUCAUGAGCUCACCAGGUUUGAAGAAUUCAUUUCAGAUUUGCCUCCAAGAUUACCACUAAAAAAACCAGCAUGCCAUACCCUACUAUAUGUUUACAAUUUGCCAACCAAUAGAGACAGCAAAAGUGUCUGCUGUAGGCUCCGGCGUCUGUCCGAUAACUGUGGAGGCAAAGUACUGACUAUUUCCGGCAGCAGCGCAAUCCUCCGCUUCUUAAGCCAAGACAGUGCUGAGCGCGCUCAGAAGCGGAUGGAGAAUGAAGACGUCUUUGGCAACAGGAUCAUUGUGUCUUUCACCCCAAGAAACAAAGAGCUUGCUGAAACUAAGAACGCCAGUUCUACCGGAGCAGAUAAAGUGAAGUCUCCCAAAAAAGUGAACAAGAACACAAAGCUGUGCCUCAUGAACAGAGAGUCAAACGAUGAGUCAUCCACCACCAAAGCGGUUGUGGAGAAAGGCCCUCCAGCACAUGCAUCUGCUGCAAAGAACACAAGUGUGAAGAGCUUACAGGAACUUUGUCGCAUGGAGUCGAAGAACGUGAAAAUUACUGAGAACCACAAAGACCCACUGAAAGAGGAUGUUGCUUUAUUGCAAAGUAACUCCAACGCAGCAAGUUCUAUAACCUUGGCAAGCAAAAAGAUAGGAGCAGGAGAAUCUGUUCAUAAAAACAGUCAAAAGAAAGAUUUGUUUGCUGCCAGGAGCAUCAGCAACUCCCCGGUCGAGAGAAAAGAGAAAGACGACGUCUUCCAAGUUAGCUACCCAUCUGCUUUCAGUAUACUCACAGCAUCGAGACAGCUCAGUCCUGUUCUGAUAUCUCAAAGUUGCUGGUCUUCUAGGAGCGUGUCUCCAACCCUCUCAAACAGAUCUUCUCCACUCACCUUCAGUGUCAUCAAUCAUGCUGGUAGUGCAGACUGCCCGGAUCCUUUUGCAAAUGGGGCAGACAUCCAGAUCAGCAAUAUAGACUACAGACUGUCCAGAAAGGAACUGCAACAAACCUUGCAAGAAAUCUUCUCUAAGCAUGGCAAGGUAAAAACUGUAGAACUCAGUCCUCAUACUGACUACCAGCUGAAGGCUAUAGUACAAAUGGAGAAUUUACAAGAAGCAAUCCGUGCUGUGAACUACCUUCACAGAUACAAAAUUGGCAGCAAGAGGAUCCAGGUUUCACUCGCUACAGGGGCUACCAACAAAUCUCUGGCGCUAGUUAGUUCAGAAGCAAUGUCCAUUCUCCAAGAUGCUCCAGCUUGCUGUCUACCACUUGUCAAGUUCACGGAGAUCUAUGAGAAGAAGUUUGGACACAAGUUAAAUGUAUCAGACUUGUAUAAAAUAACCGACACAGUAGCAAUCCGCGAUCAAGGCAAUGGAAGGCUUGUAUGUCUCCUACCUAGUAGUCAAGCUAGACAGAGCCCUUUGGGAUCCUCACAGUCUCAUGAUGGCUCUUCAGCUAACUGUAGUCCUAUCAUAUUUGAAGAACUGGAAUAUCAUGAGCCCAUUUGUAGACAGCACUGCAUAAAUAAAGACUUUAGUGAACACGACUUUGAUCCUGACUCCUACAAAAUUCCCUUUGUGAUUUUGUCUCUUAAGACCUUUGCGCCGCAAGUUCAUAGCUUGUUGCAGACCCAUGAGGGGACAGUGCCGUUACUAAGCUUUGCUGACUGCUAUGCUUCAGAAUUUAGCCAUUUGCAAAUGGUGCAGGAAGGCCAGGGAGGUGUUCCUCUGGAGCACCUCAUCACUUGUGUCCCUGGUGUCAACAUUGCCACGGCACAAAAUGGCAUCAAAGUAGUAAAGUGGAUACAUAACAAGCCACCGCCUCCCACCGCAGAGCCUUGGGUUCUCCGUUCCACAAGUCCUGUGGGUAACCCACAACUUAUUCAGUUCAGCCGAGAAGUGAUCGAUCUCCUUAAAAACCAGCCAUCGUGUAUCAUGCCUGUCAGUAAAUUCAUCCCAACGUACCAUCAUCAUUUUGCAAAGCAAUGUCGUGUGUCUGACUACGGGUGUUCCAAGUUAAUGGAGUUGCUGGAAGUGGUGCCUCACGUGUUGCAAAUCCUUGGGAUAGGCACCAAGCGUUUGUUAACCUUAACGCACAGGGCCCAGGUGAAACGAUUUACUCAAGACCUAUAUAAGCUCCUCAAGUCCCAGGCCAGUAAACAAGUUGUUGUGAGGGAGUUCUUUCAAGCUUAUCACUGGUGUUUCUCCAAAGACUGGGACGUAACGGAGUACGGAGUCUGUGAGUUGGUCGAUCUCAUAUCAGAAAUUCCAGACACAACAAUCUGUUUGUCUCUACAAGAGAAUGAGAUGGUAAUCUGUAUCCCCAAAAGAGAACGUACCAAGGAGGAAGUUGAAAGGACAAAGCAGUUCUCUAAAGAGGCAGUUGACUUGUUACGCCAUCAACCCUAUUUCCGCAUGCCUUUCAAUAAAUUCAUCCCGUCCUAUCACCAUCACUUUGGGCGCCAGUGCCGACUUGCCUAUUACGGAUUUACCAAGCUCCUUGAACUCUUUGAAGCCAUACCAGAUGUCUUGCAGGUGCUGGAAUGUGGGGAAGAGAAAAUUCUUGCGCUAACAGAUGCAGAAAAGGUGAAAGCUUUAGCUGCCCAGUUCGUUAAAUUGCUCCGAUCUCAGAAGGACAAAUGCCUUAUGAUGGCAGAUGUGCUCACCGAAUAUGCUAAAACAUUUGGCUACCCCCUGCGCCUUCAGGACUACGAUGUUGGUUCUGUUCCAGCUUUGAUGCAAAAACUUUGCCAUGCUAUUAAGGUUGUCAACACAGAAUCUGGUAAACAGCUCCAACUUAUCAAUAAAAAGUCUCUCCGGGCCCUGGCUACCCAGCUUCUGGUCCUGCUUAUGACCUUGGAUGAAACCAGCUUUGUUUCUGUUGAAGAGCUUAAAAGGCAUUAUGAAUCCACCCAGGGUGCUCCCCUGAACCCAUUUGAAUACGGCUUCAUGACAUUUACUGAACUCCUGAUGAGUGUGCCUUAUCUCACAGAGGUUUUUAUUGAAGGUGAGGCAGAAUAUGUCAAGCUUACAAACUUGUAUGUGUUUGCCAAGAAAGUGUGGGCUUUGCUUCAUACCUACCAUUACCAACAAAUCUUCAUUCAUGAGUUCUCAACAGCGUAUAGCAAAUACACAAGUGAAGUGUUGCAACCCAAAGAAUAUGGCUACAGCACUCUUGAAGAACUCCUGGGAGCAAUUCCACUGGUGGUCUGGAUAAAAGGUCAUGGUCAUAAGAGAAUUGUUGUCCUCAAGAAUGACAUGAAAACUCGGUUCACUUUGCGCAACCUUCCUCACGCCGAUGAGAAUCGUGGAAACCAUCUUGGUGAAGGUGAUGGACAAGACACGGAGACAGCGAGAGACAGCGAAUCCUUGGAGUUGAAACUGGAAGCAUCAGAUUCUGUUUCUAAUCCGUCUGAGCAAGAGCUGCUUUGCCUCACAAACACGUCGCCCGUGGAUCUGUUGUGUGAGCCUGUCCCUUCCUGCCUUCCCUCCCCACAACUGAGACCGGACCGCGUCAUUCUUGAAUCGGCAGAUCUCAUUCAGUUUGAAGAACAUCCACCAAUCCUUUCAGAGUUCAUGAUUUUAACGAAAGAGGAGGAGAACGCUCCAAGUCCUUCGAAAACUAAAGAAGAGCAGAGCCGCUUCCCCGCAGCCUCUAAUGCUGCGGAAAAUUCUUCAGCACCUCCCUGCCUGUCGUUUGAAUCCCAGCCAAGCAAAGAAGCCACAGACAGCCCAGCCAGAAAACAGCAUAAAAACCGGGUUAAGUUGGCAGCCAAUUUUUCACUUGCCCCUGUAACCAAGCUUUAAAUCUUGUCACGGUGUGAGAGGCAGCACGUUGUUAGACUGAACAGGAAAUGAAGCUAUUGGCUACCCUUUAUAUUUUGAAUCACAGAUUGGGGGCCGGGGUGGGUGGGUCACUUGCGUUCUCUUUGUUGCUCUUGACUACCUUCUGUGAGGAUUUUGUUCAAUUUACACUGAAUUCAGCUGGGCAGAUAUUUUUAUUUGAACUUCAAGCAUUAAACAUUUUACUGUUCCUUUUUUUCAUUCUGUCAAAUGUCAGCAAAAAGCAAAUGUUAAAACCUUGACUUGGAACGGAAUGGAUUUUAAGUUUCUGGAACCUCAUCACUAGUGUAAAUCCUUCAUAUAGCAUAUGAGUCUAUAGGCUAUUUUAACUUGUAUUUUCUAGACAGUAGUAAUCAAAUGCAUCAUCUGUCUUGCAAGACAGCCUAUUGAGAACUUUUUAUUUUUUAAUUGUCAUUAGGAUUGGAUUAAAACCUGCAGUGGAGUCUUCAGUGUUAAAUUGAUGAGGGCAAAACUUAGGAUUUUUUUUUCUGAUGACUUGUAAUUGACUGUCAAAAGAUGACUGUAAAACAGAGCUGGGGAACCUAGCAACCUGUGUCCCUCUAUAUGUUGUUGGGACCUGCAACUCCCAGCAGCCCCAGCCAGCAUGGCCAGUGGUCAGGGAGUAUGGGUGUUGCAGUCCCAACAACUUCUGGAGCGGCCAUAUGUUUCCCAUUCCUGCUGUAAAGGAUUGCGUUGGCUUAUUACAAAACCCCUCUUAAAUGCCUUCUGUAAUCAGUUCCAUUGAGGAAUCUUGUAGGAAGUUGAGGAUGGUUUUUAAGCUUCCCUUUUAUUGAGUGCUCCAAGUUGAUGCUGUUCUGGAUUCAGAAAAUAAGUCUUGGUGGCAUGCAUUUUGAAGUAAACUUUGAGAUGCUUCUUGCAGCAUCUGCUGAUGACAUUACUGGGAGUAUUUUGAUAUUUCAAAAAUAUGCAUUUAAGUGCAUAAAUUAUAAAUCGCAGCAAGGGGGUUUAAAGGAGCUUUUUUUAAAAAAUGGAAAGUAAUGAUUCUACUUCCACUUGCACAGAAAUACGAGCAGUACGUGGAAAUGCCACAGUUGUGGUGCUUUUUCCUCGUUUUCUAGCUUUUAAACAUCUAGUAAAUGGGAAGCUUAAUUUGAGUUGGUACAUUUUUAACUGUGUCUGGUCUUUAUCCUGAUGUUUACUUUUGAGUGUUCAAACCUGCUUUUCUGUGUGGUUUUUUCCUUCCAAUUCCAAUAGUGACAUUUCUGUUGGCUUUUAGAAAGGCAGGCCAUUGUCGAAGGAGGCGAGUCGUUGGAGUCCCUUUAACUUUCUUUGUAAAGAGAGCUAAAACGUCUUCUGACCAAAGCUUUUAUACCCCCUGUUGGGUAAACUUGGCACUUACAAUGGGUUGUAUUUGCCAGGCAAGGAUUCUGAAUUGCUCGUCACAAAGAGAGGACCUAUACCCAAAGGGUUACACUGGCUGAACAGAUAGGAAUGUUUUUGCAACAAAUCAUAUUUUGAAAAGCGUCAGGGACUGAAAAGCAGGCUUGGAUUUCACAGCCAGCAACUGGAAAAAAAAUGUCGCUCGACGGCUAUAGACAACUUUUUUAAAAAAAUAAGGAAUGGAUUUUGUUUUAAAAAAAUGUUUGUUUUAAACAAAGCCAAGUAUUAAACAGCACUAAGUAAUGAUAUUAUGAAUAUCCAUUAUGAAUGCAGAGAAAUGCUGGAAGUUUUUCUGAGAUCAUGGCAAGGCACAGUGUGUUUGUGUGUGAGUUCACAUCCUUAGGUUUCCUCUACAGACAUGGGGUUUAUAGGAAUGAAUUUUUUAUAUAAAAAAAAGUUGGAGCCAUUUCAUGAAUUUAAUUGAGAGACCAUCUUUCCUUCACCUUAUGUAUCGCUUGCAUAAAAUGAAGGCCUGACCACUCUGUGUUUUGCCAUGCGUGUGCAGAAACAGUCGUCAUUUUGAGCCGCAGUUGCAAGUCAUCUAAAAAUAACGUUAUAUAGACCAAGUGUUUGUGAAAUGUAGAGAAGAAAUAUCAGUACCGUUAAUGUACCUGGGAUACAGAUGCAAGUUGUGCCAUCUGUAGAGAAUGAGAGAUCUUUCUGGAUUCAUGUGUACUUCUGACCUAAAUCGCUGUUUUGAAAGAGUUAGAAGAUCCUUUGGGGGGCUUUCGUUUUUCAUUGUGUGUAAGACCAGCUAGUUUGUGGCUUUGGUUUGUUUUUUUUGAAGGAAUAAUGUGACUGGAACGAUUUGGAAAAGAAUUAAGACAAUGAAAUUCUUUCAUUUACACUUUACUAAUUUUGAUUUAUUGGCUUUUUUUUCUAAAAAAAAAAAAAGUAUCACUGAAGCCCUCAAUUUAUGCACCCUCAAGGAGACAACAUUCAUCUUUCUCCUUUAUUGGCAACUCCCAUUUGGACACUUUUGUGGCUCAAGUGCUGUUUUGUGUAUUGGGACCAAACGGUUGUCAAUAAAAUUUUUCAAGC